AUGGUGAAUUACGUCAACCCGCUCGCCAUGUACCAAGGCAAAGGCGGGCAGUACGGCGCGAGCGGCUGGUAUGGCUGGCAACAUCAGAACUUUGAGGAACAGCAGUGGUGUGCUUGGAACGGCGCGCCGACGGAAUGGCCGACGGACCCUCAUCAUUUCAAACGGGAGCCCGGCGAGAGGGAUAUCGCGGAGAUGCCGUCUCCUGCAAGAGGAGACCUCGCAAGCCCCGGGGAAGGCUCGCCCGGAUCGAGACCGUCGCAGCCGCCGGCACCCCCUCGCUCGCCCUACGAAUGGAUGAAGAAGCCGAGCUAUCAGUCACAGCCCAAUCCAGGAAUAAUAAUAAUGGGAAAAACACGAACAAAAGACAAAUACAGAGUGGUAUACAGCGACCAUCAGCGACUAGAGUUAGAGAAAGAGUUCCACUACAGCCGCUACAUCACAAUCAGGCGAAAGGCCGAACUUGCAGUUAGCCUGGGGCUUUCUGAAAGACAGGUCAAAAUAUGGUUCCAAAACCGAAGGGCCAAAGAGCGUAAACAGGUGAAGAAGCGAGAGGAAGUGGUGAUGAAGGAGAAAGGUGAUCACGCGUCGCUCCAGCACGCACAAUUGCACCACGCCACUAUGCUGCAUCACCAGCAGAUGAUGAACGGCAUGAUGCACCACCACCACUACCACCAGGGAGUUCUUCAAGGUGUGCCAGAACCGCUAGUGCCUAGCGUCGCACCGGUGCCUCUCCUGUGA